AUGUCAUCUGUGUAUGAAAGCGUGGGUGUUGUGUCAGAGGAAGCAGGAGCAGGCAUGUUUCUCGCGCACCUUCCCUCUGAUACGCCCGUCUAUUGCUACAACGCAAAACUCGAUCUUGAGAGCCUCUUCCCUCCGUCUUCAGUCGAGGAUCGCUUUGUCGUCGUGAAAAACUUCCCACCAGAAACCCUCGCCGAAUGCGAGCAACAAUUACCCGGACGGUGUGACUACUCGCCGUUACUACAGAUUCUCAUUAUCACCAUGCCUACCCUACCUCAUGAAGAAGGGGCCGACGCCUUUGGGUUUAUGAUUCGGACCCUCGCCCAAGAGAUGCAACUCCAGAGACGGCUUCAGUACUGGGUAACCACUCGUGUCGAUACCCCCGAUCGAAGCAAGCAAGCAGACCGGGCGUGGGGGCCCCGCCGCCAAGGAAGAGAAAGUCCAACGGUGGCAUUGGAGGUUGGCUUCUCGGAGACUACAGCGAAACUCGAAAAAGAUAUCGCUUGGUGGAUUAAUGAAUCCCAUGGCGUGAGAAUGGGAAUUACUGUCCAUAUCAAAAAAGCAUCCGGCUCUAUUGAAAUCAGAUCCUGGGUGCCAGCAAUCACGCCAUCACUAAGCCAUGUCCAAAUCGCCUCAAGGGGUCGCCCUAUUGUCGACAAAAACAUCAGUAAUCCUGCACCACCUCGAGUGGCCCAAAGAAUCUUCAUCAAGAGAGGGAAAGAUGGUUCUACGAUUGAAGGGGGGACCUGA